AUGAUUACGAGUGACUUGAAACCAUCGCCCGCAUCAACAAUCUACGAAGACGCGCAAGAACAUCCUCUGGAGAACACUGCGACGACGACAAACGACGCAACAAGGCCAAUUUUGGCACCACUUGCGACGACGACAAACGACGCAACAAGGCCAAUUUUGGCACCACUUGCGACGAGCGCAGACGCUCCACCGUCUAUUCUCGGCUCACAUACGUCUCCUUCUAUUCACAAUGUACACGAAGGCACUCAAGCGACGCUCAACACGCUGCACGACUCGCCGGUAGCUGACGUAGGACCCAACGCCCACGGCAAAAAGGCAAACGAAACGGUCCAAGAAAACACAUCGAAGAAUAUGAAUAAUAUUACGCAACCAAACGACCUAAUUACGUUGACACCGCUGCGAGCGCACUAUCUUAAGAAAUCGCUCGUCACGCUCCAGUUCUCCAAGGAACUGCUUGGCUUUACGGAUAUGGAUCCGUCGAUCCCUACACUCUCCCCAUUGUCAUAUCUAGGCCCACCGUUUACACCUCCACCACGUAAUGCAGCCCGACAUGAUGUCCCAUUCCUGCGCUUCAUGUUCCGCCAAUUCGUCCUCACGUUCCCCUUUAUCACCUCUGCACCAAAGGACUUCUUUCCCAGCAAAGUUCAGCCAUUUGUUGGAUCUUUGAUGGCGCGCAAUUUGAGCACGACGGAUGAUGUGCUCGGGAUGGACGAUCCAAACUUCCAAGGAGAGGAUCCCGAGGUGCGCUCGCGGCAGAAGAUCGUCGCCAAAGCGGAAAAGUACUUUUCGCUCAUCGUCGGAUCGGCGAUCAAGUUGGUUGAGCAAGAGGAGGUCGUACGUCUAUCCCAGAGGGAUCUGGACCGUCUGGAGAUCUUGGCGAGAAAGCGGAAUGCGCGUAUGAAAUAUGCGCGUGAUGCGUUUGAUGUCAAUAUUAUAUGCGUGCGUACUGUGGUGGAAAAGGGUCGUAUGCGCAGUCGUGUGCAUGAAGAGUUUAUCAUUCGUACGCGUAGAACGGGUUGGGCGGAUACGCUCGUCUCUAGACGUUAUGGAGAUUUUAAGACAUUGGCAGAAGAGUUUGUUUCCGUCAAACUUCGCAAGGCGUUCCCAGAGUUUGAGAUUCGUGGACCGCCGCCCAAGGACCGUAGGACUGUGGCCAUUGCGCCUCAACAGCAGCAGCAACAACCCAACUCGAUACCAGGAGCUAAUAUGGCAUCUCUCAAUCCAUACGACACUUACUCGCUCGGAUACCAUGGCUUCAAGUACAGAUGA